AUGAAGAUCUCAACGCAGUCAUCCGUUCCGGUAUACACUAUAUCUGGCUCUUCGACUGCGAGACCUCUUCCAGAAUGGCUUGCCAGGCGGAGAAAGCGCAGUUUGAAGAAUGAUCCAGAGUACGCAAACCGAGUCGAAUUAUUGCAGGACUUCGAAUUCGAAGAGGCGAGUCAGUGCAUUCGCAUCAGUGAAGAUGGGCAAUGGGUUAUGAGCACAGAUAGAUCCCUCGAGUUUCAUACGCCGUCAGGAUGUCACUACACAACGAGGUUGCCUCGCUACGGACGGGACCUCAUCUAUGAUAGACAGUCUACCGAGGCCCUUAUUCCUGCUGUCGGAGUCAACCAGGAUGGGCUUGGUGAAGUUUACAGGUUGAAUCUAGAGGCCGGCCGCUACAUGCGCAGCUACGAGGUCGACGUCGGUGGAGAUGAUUAUACCUCUGCUGGUGGCGGUGCGCUGCAAGGUGGUAUUAACACUGGCUCGGUCAACACUGGUGCAAUUGCCGAACAAAGUCACAAUCUCCUUGCUUUUGGUACCUCCAUUGGCACGGUAGAGCUAUGGGACUCGAGAGCUCGAGGUCGGGCCGGAAUCUUGCUGCCGCCCUCGCAGUCGCAGCCGGGCGAGGGUCGACACGAGAUUACAGCGUUGGAAUUCCACAGAUCUGGCCUUACCUUAGGAACCGGAUCCUCCAAUGGUUUGAUACAUCUGUACGAUUUACGAUCGCCAAUUCCUUUCCUCAAGAAAGACCAAGGUUACGGAUACCCGGUACAUACGCUCAAGUUCCUGCAAUCGUCACCCAGCACUCGGGAACAAACAAUGGAACCGAAGAUCUUAUCCUCGGAUAAGAGGAUUAUCAAGAUCUGGGACCCUCGAAACGGCACACCGUGGACCUCUGUGGAACCGGCUGUGGACAUCAACAGUGUCGCAUGGUGCCCAGACAGCGGAAUGAUCUUGACAGCAAAUGAGGGCCGACAACAACACGCUUUCUUUAUUCCCCAACUUGGACCUGCGCCUAGGUGGUGCUCAUUCCUGGACAAUCUUGUCGAAGAAAUGGCCGAGGAUCCUAACGAUCCGCAGGCCUUUACUAGUGGUCAGGCAUCUUCUGUUUAUGACAACUACAAAUUUUUGACAUUGCCUCAACUGCGCACAUUGAACUUGGACCAUCUCAUUGGCAGAACCAAUCUGCUACGACCAUAUAUGCAUGGUUACUUUGUUGCUCAGCGGCUAUACGAAGAGGCUCGUUUGAUUACUAACCCAUACAUCUGGGAGGAAGAACGUGCCAAGAGAGUCAAGGAGAAGAUCGACCAGGAGAGAGAAAGUCGCAUCCGAGGCAAGAAGAAGGUUGCCGUUAAAGUCAAUCGGAAAUUGGCCGAGAAGCUUCUCGAGAAACAGGAGAAGGCCGAAAGACGCAACGCCAAACGCGUGCUUGAGAAAGGAGGCGACGAAACAAUGGUCGAGGCUCCCGAACCGGAACCUGAAACUACAAAUGUCGAGGAGAACAAGGGUCUCCUGGGUGAUAGUCGUUUCUCGAAACUGUUCGAAGAUGCAGAGUUCGCCGUGGACGAGACUUCUAGGGAAUUCCAAAUGCUCAACCCCAGCACUACUGUUGAAAAGCCGGCUAGGAAAGAGCGUGGCCUUACAGCCGUCGAACAAGAAGAGGCCGACGAAAUCCCAGACUCUAGCGACGAAGACGACGACAGCGACGCCGGAAGCGAAAAGGGCCAAAAAUCAAACCGACCAGCCAAAGCCAAUCAACCUAAAAUGGGCGAAGACAUUUCAUACCGACGCAGCAGAAAACCUUACACCAAGAUGCAAGUGUCAUCCUCCUCAGCCUCGGCAACAAACAAGUCAAAAGGAGGCAAACCAGGCCGGGACCGUUCUUUUGAAACCCUUGCGCAGAAGAUGGGCACCAAUACUCACAGAAUCAACAAGGAUAGAGCGGCAUCUCAUCGCAGUGUGGUUGGUGAGAAAGAAAUCACUUUUGCCCCAGCUUCGUCGAAACCGAGGUCACAGCAACAGCCUCGAUUUGAUUCGAGUGCGGACAAUGGGUAUAGGAAUAAAGCGCGCCGAAGUGCGUCGGGAAAUACGUUCCGUCGUAUUUGA